GCAACGCCUUCACAUUGAGCUCGUUCAAGGCCGUCUACCACAAGCUCGGAACACCUUUGCUAUUCGCCAUCCCCUCGAUCGCCGUUGUCGUCGUUGUGACCCUGUGGAUUCCUUUUCGAACAUCCCUCCUCCAGUCGUUCUUUACUCUGUUUCUGUUUUCGUUCAUCGUGCAGUUUCUCCUGGUUUUGAACGUCUAUCUGCAUCGCGUUCCCUUCUACACUGGCUUCAUGAUACUCCAGCCGCUCUUUACCGGAUACUUUAUGUGUUUUAUCAUUAUCGUUCUGGUCUAUGGGCUCGGAUACGGCAACUUUAUGAGCUAUGCGCACAGCUCUGAUUCCGACACUCUGGCGUCGCUUGGCCUCAUCGGUGCUCCUGUGAUUGUGGCCCUGUGUGAGGCCAUCAUCUUUGUUGCCUACGAAAAGACUUGGGAGGCUCUCGAUGCCCAUCUCAGCAAAGUGACCGAUCCGCGCCUGCAGUUCCAGCUCUUGCACGGCUGCGAUCCGACUGUCGAUCAGCUGCGAGAGCACAAGCAUGUCGUCCUCGACCAUCGGUACUUUUGGAAGCCACACAACAUUGCCGUUCUGUAUGCCUUCAUGGCUGCCCAAACACAGGGGCUGUCGUUCAUUUUGCUGAUUGCCUCGAUGAACGACUCGCCGUUCGCAUUUGUCAUGAACAUGACGCUGACCGUCAUCCUCGACGUGCUCGCAAGAACAAACGUCAAUCUGGUCCUGAUGCGCCCGUUCAAACGGUUUCUCCCGCGCUCUAUCGGCGAGGAGUCUGUCAUGCGCGCCAUGUAUAUGGGAACCAAGAUCGUCUCGGAUUACUACUGCAUCAUGCAUCUGGUCUUUAUGAAUGUGACCAACUAUUCAAUAUACUAUACGGCAUUCGAGUGCAAUGUCGAGCACAAUGUGUGUGAGUUUUUCAAACCCGAGCCCUGGCAGUGGGCUGGGCUCAUCCUGAUGAACGCCGUGGCCACGGUGUUGACCGACACCAUCGGGAACCGGCUGAACGGGUGCCCGGGAUACCUCUAUAUCUACUCUCCACCGUCGGUCGCAUUCUGGAGACACUUUUCAUCGUUUGGUUAUGCCGGUGGUGGGGUCUUUGUCGGGGCAAUAUUGAUGCUUCCCUGGAGCGGUGCCAGAGGAUAAAGCCCUGAGUGGCGGUGCGCUUUAUUGCCAAUGAGGUCUGCUCGAGCAAUGGGCCGGAGACGAUACAUGCAACCGGAUCACACAGACAACCGGAGUAAACAGG